GGUGCCCCGAAUGAGCAGUUAGUCAUGCAGUGACAUAGCUAAUGCCUACAUGCACACUUGAUACGUGGCUGACAACAGGGAGGUUACCCGUUCGACAGGCUUUCUGGGGUACAUGUGACACAUGCAGCAUAAAACAUUGUACUGUUCUCAUGAGAUGUUGCUUUAUGAUGGGGGUCUGUAAAUAAUCAAGUCUAGACCAAUUGAGAUACGAUUUCGCAUUAGGGAUACGAUGACAUGCAUCAAUCAAGCCAGCGAGCCUGACCACCUCUUGUGACAAGCAUAGUAGCCAUUUAUGACAAGCAUGGGUUGCUGAAGAUCUAUUCCUAUCAAGAUGUUCUCAGUUUCAGUCAACAUAAUGGCUGCCUCGCUGAUGAUAUGGAUUGUCUGCUUGGUAACUGCUACUGAAGCCAGUUCGUGCAAGGAAACCCAUCACUGUUCAGACUGUGACGGUGAGACAGGGUAUUGCCUCACUGAGUGUGACACUGGAUAUUACGGUCUGAGUUGCAAGUCUACCUGCAGCAAGAACUGUAGGAAUAACACAUGUGCGAUCUCAAGCCAUGGUAGUGCUAACUGCACUGAGGGUUGUGUGCCAGGAUACCAAGGCAUCAACUGUAACAUACCAUGUGACAGUCCAGGGGGUAACUGUACAGCAUGUCCAGGUGGGUGUGAUGGAGGAUAUUGUCAGCUGGGCUCCUUCUGUGUGUCUGGAUGUGUAGACUCUCACUACGGGAUUGAUUGUAAGAACUGUUCAACAGGAUGUACCCCAUGCAACAGGUUGACAGGAACAUGCGAAGAGACAUCGGCCAGUCCAUGCAAGGAAACCCAUCACUGUUCAGACUGUGACGGUGAGACAGGGUAUUGCCUCACUGAGUGUGACACUGGGUAUUACGGUCUGAGUUGCAAGUCUACCUGCAGCAAGAACUGCAGGAAUAACACAUGUGUGAUCUCUAGCCAUGGAAGUGCUAACUGCACUGAGGGUUGUGUGCCAGGAUACCAAGGCAUCAACUGUAACAUACCAUGUGACAGUCCAGGGGGUAACUGUACAGCAUGUCCAGGUGGUUGUGAUGGAGGAUAUUGUCAGCUGGGCUCCUUCUGUGUGUCUGGAUGUGUAGACUCCUACUACGGGACUGAUUGUAAGAACUGUUCGAGAGGAUGUACCAAAUGCAACAGGUUGACGGGAACAGGAAUAUGCGAAGAGACAUCAGGUAAUAACGUGGGACUGUUUAUAGGACUUGCUGCAGCAGGUGUGCUUUUCAUUGUAACAGUAUUCCUGGUUGUGUGCUGCUACAAGUAUUGUCAACACUUAAAGAAAAACAGGUUCCAAUACCUCACGCCUACCCAUGGCGUACACAUGUCAGCAGAGGACACUGAUUCUCGAGUGUAUGAUGUCAUUGAUGAAGCAAAUAUGUAUGAUCCGCUCACUGGUGAUAGACAAACCAGUCUAUCACGUGACCCGGAAAUUUCAGACACAGCUGAACCAGGAACCACAUCCAUGACCUGUUAGUGAGAACGCGUUAUAGCAAGGGUUUGGGUCUAAGACGCUUUAGAAAUAAUGAUAACAUAUCUACCUCAGAGGUCAGAGCGUGAGGCUACCGGGAACUGAGAUAUCUACCUCGGAGGCCAGAGCGUGAGGCUACCAGGAACUGAGAUAUCUACCUCAGAGGUGAGAGCAUGAGGCUACCAGGAACUGAGAUAUCAACCUCGGAGGUCAGAGCGUGAGGCUACCAGGAACUGAGAUAUCAACCUCGGAGGCCAGAGCGUGAGGCUACCAGGAACUGAGAUAUCUACCUCGGAGGCCAGAGCGUGAGGCUAUCAGGAACUGAGAUAUCAACCUCGGAGGUCAGAGCGUGAGGCUACCAGGAACUGAGAUAUCAACCUCGGAGGCCAGAGCGUGAGGCUAUCAGGAACUGAGAUAUCUACCUCGGAGGUCAGAGCGUGAGGCUACCAGGAACUGAGAUAGCUAGAAAAGAACAGGAAUUAGAAAAGUGUUGUGUAAUGUUUAUAUGUUGUAUGUGCCAUAUCUGUUAUUUUGUUAGUGUGUUGUUGAGAGAGGGACACGGAUUAGUCAGAAUCUGUAUUUGGUGUGAGCUUUGUUGUAGUGCAUGUUUAUAUAUGUUUCCCACACACUGACAUUGAUCAUAUAUUUGAAGCUGUGCCAAGUUUGAUAUAAGACAAGUGGAAUUAAUAGCAUGUGAAUUCUCGAAAACUAAACUUUGUACACCAUUUCUACGACAAACCUAAGGAAAAUCGUCAUCCCUUGAGUCGUAGGGCAUUUGCCACUUCAACCUGUUGACUGUAUAUAUUAACACAUCUCAAUCUUGAAAGGUUCAGGACAAUUUGUCCAGAAAUAAAUAAACUGUUCUCUUAAGCUUACUGAGAAGACAUUAUCCGACAUGCUGGAGUUAAUCAUUGAUAACAUCACUGUGCAAUGUGGUGAUUGGAUUGGCGAAAUUGAAACACGGUUUUGAUAUCGUUCAAUAUUUGUCCAACAACCAAUCCUCCUCCACUGAUUUACCCUUCUGAACUAGAAAUGAAGAAAACCAGUGAAAGUGCCGCAUCGGUUUCAUAUAUAAGCAUACCUAUUCAAAUGAUCUCCACAUGACUGUAUGACAAGAAGGGUUUCUUCAACUCUCCUAGAGGCAACCUUCCCUUUAUGACGGACCGCCUGUGGUCUUGUGGAGGAGCGUCCGCUCUGAGAGCUAAAGGCCGUGGGCUCAAUUCCCGGCCGCGACAUUCCAAAAGAAGUUACAAUAUUCUAAUUGUUGUUACCCUGUCUGGCGCUCGGCGAAAAGAGGCUAAAACAAGCAUUCGUCGGCUCAGAGUCAAGGUACUGUGUCUGAGUGGGGUAUUCAUGUUAAACUGUGGCAUGGGAUCCCAGUGGACUAGCACUAUAAAAUCAACAUUAUUCUGGACUGGUACAAAAAAACGCCGUCAUAUUGCUAAAUAUUGCUAAAAAUUCAAACCAACCAAACCAAAAUUUGUAUGACGAGGUGUAUUAACGACAUCUGAUGUGAUGAAACAACAAAGAAAGAAACAGAUUUACCAGACAAACGUUCAUUUAACAUAAAUCAGUUGCUAACACAGAGUUUGGGACAGGUGCUUGAACCGGAAUAAAGUGGAUGUUUA